UGUACAAGAUAAUGCUUUGCAAAGUGUACAAGAUGAUGCUUCACAAAGUGUACAAGAUGAUGAGUACUUAAGCAAAAGCUUAUUUUUGAUAGAUAAGGCUUCUCAAGAUUCUUUAAUAAAUAAACUUGCCAAUCUUGCAAAUAGUAGUUUAAAAGUUUUGCAAAUUACUGAAUG